CAGCAGUAUUUGCAUACAGAGGAGCAGAGCGCCUCCCUCCCCAGUUUGCGCUCCCUCUCUAUGGACGGACUCCUCUAACCGGACUUUCCUCUCCAGUUUGGCCAACAGAGGAGGAAGUUCAACUGGGGCGGCUCAGCUCUCUACACAACAGAGAGAAUAAGAUCCAGAGGAACCUGCGUGGUUUCAUCCCGCAGCGACUUAUCCACUUUGAGAGACUUCCAGCUUUCUAUUAGUUUUUCUGUCGGUUUUAUUGGAGGGGGUCUGAGCUCAUCCGAUCCAUCGAGAUGUCUCUUCAGACGAGCCAAAAGACGACGACCUACCGGACCGUGAAAGUGUCCUCACCGGAGACGGUGACCAACACGGUGAUCUCAGCGCGAUCGGUAUCCCCGACCAGGUCCGUGUCCACGGCCGAGUCUGUGUCCCCGGUGCCGUACGCGCUAAACGGCUAUGAGACGAUACGGUACCUGGUCCCGAUGCAGCAGCAGCAGCAGCAGCAGUCCUACAUCCCGGUGCAACAGGCCGUGCAGCAGCAGUCCUACAUCCCGGUGCAACAGCAGCAGUCCUACAUCCCGGUGCAACAGGCCGUGCAGCAGCAGUCUUACGUGGUCAUGCAGCAGCCUAUGAUGCAGCAGAUGGUGUCUCCGGUGUACCUGCAGGGUCUGCAACACCUGAGUGUCAGCAACCAGGAGUCUAACGCGUUGUACCGACAGCAGAGCACGAUGGAGAGCAUCAGCGGGCAGUCUCAGUCAUCGGUGUUCAGCCAGUCGUCCAGCCCAAUAAAGAGCCCCGAGCCGAGUGCUGAGGAGGAGGAGGAAGAGGAGUCAGUGGAGGUGGAAGAGGUAGAGAUUGUCAACAUCAUCCAGCAGAAGCCAGCGAUAGAGAAGAUCUCCAGGGUGGAGGUGAAGAGCGAGGUGAAAGAACUGCCUCCGGCGACCAAGAUGGACACGCGUUACUUCGGCGAGCUGCUGGCCGACGUCUACAGGAAGAACUGUGACAUCCACUCCUGCAUCUCUGAGCAUGUGUCCAAGAUCCGUGGACAGAAACACCAGCUGGAUAACAGCAAUGACUACAGGAUGGAGAAAGAGGAGGUGGAGGCUCUGCUUCCCAAAGGAGCCACUGAACUCACCAAACAACAAAUCCGCUACCUGCUGCAGACUCGUCUCACUGCAGAUAAGAGCAUGCGUCUCCUGCUGUCCACCUUCAGCAGUCUGAGAGAAGAGCUCCUCCACAUGUCUGAAGACCUGCGGCGUCUGGAGAGUGAGAAGGAGGCCUUGGAGAGAGAUCUGAGUUUCAAAGCAGACCAGGCUCGGCAGUAUGACAGCCUCCUGGAGGCCGUCCGAGAGAACAACAGACAGCUCCAGCUGUCUCUGAAGGAAACCAGCGCCUCCCAGCGUACCCUGGAGAGCCAGCUCAUGAGCAGCCGAAACACCGACUCGAGCCGCGAGUUCAAGGUCAAAGAGUUGGAGGGAAGGUUGAGAGCGAUGGAGAAGGAGAACGAAAUGCUCCGACAGAAGCUGGCAGGACAAGCUAGCAGCACCACUCUUCACAUCAAGACAGAGGAGUUGUCCCGUCAGUACAAGGACCAGCUCAAGGCCAUGAGAGAAGAAAAAGACCAGGAGAUACAGAGGCUGCGGUCCCAGAUAACGAAGAUCCAGACGCAGGUCACCACCACCACAACCAAUACCUCCUCAGAGAAAAGCCUCCAGCUGAAAAUCUCAGAACUGCUUGCCAUGUUGGAGCAGCGGCAGACCACCAUCACCCGACAGGAGGAGGAGAUCAGGAAGCUGAUGCAGGAGAGAAAUGACAGCUCCAAGAACGUCACUAAGACCAUCAUCACCAAAAGGUACAGGAACCAAUACCCAAUCCUUGGUCUGCUGAGCGACGACUACCAGGUCACUUCGCCCGUGAAAGAGGCCAAGACCAUUGUCAUCGAGAGAACUGGAGAGAUGAUCAAACAGGAAAUCAUUACAACCCCUUAAAAGACACACUGCUUCUCUCCGACAGGAAUGAUUGAACGACAAGAAGACCCAGACGUCACCCCAUUUCUUCUGCAUGUACAUGCCCCUCCUCUCCCUCAUUCUCAGGGCUCCCAGGGUUGGUGGUGGUUAAAAUCCCCUCUCUCCCUUCCCCCUAAAUUUGGGAUCAUUGGUUAAUCUUGGGUUUGACCAAAUUGAGUUUGUUUGGGGGUGACUGUUUUAUUUGGGGGUUUUUUUAUGAUGGGGGAACAAAUAACGAGACCAAAUCUUUUCAGAGUACGCUACAGCCAGUUGGUUGUUAGUGGAUUAAAAUGGCAGUAAUGAAGCAAUCAUGACAACUGGGAACUGGGCGAGUUUCAAGCAGAGCACCGAUCUGUUUAAAAAUCAGAGAUGAGAUGAUGUCCUAUUAGGUACGACCAGAUACUCCCUCUUUUCUCAUCUUCAUUACUGUAUUCUGCUUCAUUAAGUAAAGAUUAAAGAUGGAAAACAUCAACAAACGUUGGAUCAAGUUAAAGAUGUGUAAUAAAUUAUAAAAUAAAAACAAAUGUGCAUCAAGCAGUUUUAAAAUUAGUCGUCGCUAUUCUAACAUACUCACCUCUAAAUUUAACAUUUAAUCUCACCAAUCUGACUCAUACAUUAACACCGAAACACAACAUCCAGUAUUUUGGUUGUACGUUGACUAAUUUGCCAAGGUAAAGUUAGUAGGGUUGGGAAAUAACGAUACAUUGCUCGAAAUCGAAUCACUGAAUAUGUGAUUCUGUCAUAUACUGCAAGACCGUCAACUGUGAUGUAUUAAGUAUGUAACAACAAAACAUAUAGAAAAUGGCUAAAUAUAUGUGAAAAGUCUAGGAAUUUUCUGGAUUCCUUGACUGCACAAUGAGGAACUUUUCAGAUUCACACAGAAUUUUAUGAACAAGUGUGACAAAUCACACAAAAGUAAACCAAAUUGGCAGGAAGCAGAGCAUUUAAGAGUUAAAUAUUAAAAGAAAAUUGUAGCUAUUUCUCAGUAUCACAGGAGAUUGUGUUGUGAUAUAUGAUAUAUGUAUCGAUUUUUUUUCCGUCCCAUCCCUACUUGGCAGGUGAGCUUACAAUUUACAGUAACGCUGAAUUCUCCACAUGGAGGCCUUCUUCAAAUCAAAAGGGAGGGGAGGGGGAUUGAGAGACAGCUGCCAAACAAAGUGAAACUGAUGGGGUGUCCCAAAUGCAUACUACAUACUAAUUCUCAGCAGGUUUACUUCACAUACUAAACAAACCUGUCAAUGGAUAUUUAUCAUCCACAAGCCAUGCAUAGAAGGUAGCGGAGGAGCUGAAAGUGGGAAAAAAAAAUGUGGAUGAUGGUAAGACAGCUCUCGUAAAAUCUUGAAAUCCAAAAAAAUGGUUUCACUGUCUCUUUGUACUUUGUCAAGUUUAACUGGCAGUGAUAUUCCAUCUGAUUUCCUGUUAAUCAUGGUAAAGUAUGUUGAUAUUUUAUGUACUAAAACUAAAAAAAACUAUGACGAUUAGUAUGUAGUACAUGCCUAUGAAAGUUUACUGGAUUUGGGAUUCGCCAUAAGUUUUGGUUUAUGUGAAACAAAAGAAGUAACAUUAGUUGAAGUUCCUUGAGGUUUUAUUCCAUUCAGCAUAAAAGAAUGAGACAAAUGUCACAGCUUGUUUUGGUAUUAAAACUAUACCUUUCUUAAUACCUCCAUGUCAUAAUAAUAACAAUAAGUCAACAAGAUUUGAGACAAAUUAGAUUUAGUUAGUUAACAGUUAAUACAUUGUGCCUCAGACAUGUCUGUCAAUACCUGUAAGGUAAAACAAGUUCGAUACACAGCUUGACUUAUAAAUGUUUCGUCAGUUUAUCACUAGAGGGCUCAUUGGAGGGAAGACAAUGUGCUAUCAUGGAACCAAAUCCUGCCAAAGUUACCACAAGAGUGGCGUCUCAGCUUCCAGUUGUCACUAAUGCACGUUUGAAGAAGUGCCAUCUAGCAUUUAGCAGGAGAUCCUCCUCAAAGCCACCACAGCCAUGCUAGCCCAGGGGACGAGAAAGUGGAUGCGUUACUACGAUUGCUAUUCUGCAUGUAAAUAUUUAUAUAUAUAAAUAUAUAUUUGUAAGAUGGGCAUGCUCAGUGAAUGUUUUCUGACUGUAGAGCAGCCCUCCUGCGAUACAGUUCAUAUGAACAUUUUGAAAAAUGUUCAGAUGGGGUAGUUUUCUCUUUUUUGUUUUGUCCAGAAUGGUAGUUUGUAUCUGUCCACUGUUGUAAUUGUCUUUAAAAGCUUUUUAUUUUGAGGUCUUGUUAGCCCUAAGGUGCAUGGGUAUGUUCUGUUCACAUUCAUGUGUUUGUAUAUGACAGUAGUGGGAUCUGGGUUAGGAUAGUGUGAUGUCUCACAUCCAUGAGAGGAAACUAGCUCGAACACCCAUGGAUGUGAUGCAUUUAAGUUGGUUGGGGGAAGACUGGUGCAUGAUUUUAUGGGGGGUUUAUGAUGGCGAGAGAAUAUUUAAAGCACAAUAUUAUGUAAACUGUUAUUGAGUUUUUCUUGGUUGCCCCUGUUCAAGCUUUUUUUACGUAGGGAUGCAUGUUGACGGCUUUGUGUCCAGUUGGUGCUCGUCUUUAGAAACGGUGCUGUGGCCUGUUUCACUGAUGCGCAGCUUGAUUGCAGUUCAGGGUAGAAUGUUCACAGCUGGCUAUUUAUUUAUUGUUUAAAAAAAAAAAAAAAAAAAAAAAAA